AUGAUUGCAAAAGAACCCUUGAACAUAGUAGUGGUCGGAGUUGGCUUGAUCGGGCCGCGUCAUGCUCAGCAUGUGGCAGAAAACCCCGAAACAAAUCUUAUGGCCAUUAUAGAUCCUUCGCCCAAAGGGCAGACUGUGGCCGAUGAGCUAUGUACUACCUGGUUUCCAAGCAUAGCGGAGAUGUUCCAGUACUUGGACCUGGAGAAUUUGCCCUACCCAGAUGGCGCCAUUGUGUGUACGCCAAACCAUCUUCAUGCGUGUGUUCUGGCAGAGUUGGCAGUCAAGGGUGUUCAUUUGCUUGUGGAAAAACCAGUGAGCACCUCUUUGGGAGAGGCUAAAGCUUUGAAGGAACUUGCACAAGAACACGACGUCAAGGUAUUAGUGGGUCACCAUCGUCGGUUCAACCCAUUUAUAGUAGCUGCCAAGGAGCUGCUUGCACGCGUAGGUGAGCCUAUAGCCAUCCAGGGCACAUGGGCACUUCAUAAGGACGACGAGUACUUCAAGAUGUCGCCCUGGAGAACAAAUACUCGUUUGGGCGGCGGUCCGCUUCUCAUCAAUCUCGUGCAUGACCUAGAUCUCCUCCAGUAUCUUCUUGGUCCCAUACAACGUAUCUAUGCUGAAGUGAUGAAAAAGCAGCGCAAAGAGUAUCCAGACGUCGAUGAGGGCGCAUGCCUCACGCUCCGCUUCAAGAAUGGCGUCACCGGUACUUUCCUAUGCUCCGACAAGGUCGUUUCUCCGUUUAACUUCGAAUCUGGAACAGGCGAGAAUCCCACAGUUCCUUCGGACGACCAACUUCUGGGCUUCUACCGGAUUUUUGGUUCCCACGGCACUUUAUCUGUGCCUGAUAUGACUCUUUACCAUCAGGAUGAGCUUCUGGGAAAAAGCUGGUUGCUGCCUGUGUCGAAGAGUAGUCUCGUUGGCGAGAGAAGCGAGCUCCGGCAAUUGAAGCCGUUCACCGCCCAGCUCCAGCAUUUUGUCGAGGUCAUUAGAGGCCGCGCUGAGCCUGCUUGUCAAAUUGACGAUGGAAUCUCGGCCUUGUUGUGUAUUGAGGCCGUCAUCCGGUCAAUUGACACAGGAUUGCCAGCUUCGGUUGGAUGCCCCAGUGAGGUUGAGUGUGACUACACCACCUUGAGAUACAAGAAAAAGUAA